UCACAUCUCUAACCUUCAAAUCUUGCCGCCACCUGUCAAUAUGCCAGCCUCCGAAGCCAACGCGUGUAUAUUUGUCACUUCUUAAAUUUCCCGACCACCUAUUUAUGCAUAAUCUGUUCGGUGGAUGCUCCUUUAUACCACUGCUUGUUUUGCAUACUUAAAGUAGAAAAAAUGAGUCAAGGUCAACCAAGAAGGCCAGGGUCCGACCAGGAUCCGAUCAGAUAUAGUGAUGUAUUCAACGUCCGAAGCGAUCUGGGUUCGAAGCCUAUUGCACCAUUAGAUGCUGCCAGUAUGCAGUCUGCUGAAACCCAAGUCCUUGGUGAAACUCAGAGCGGCGGACCUGCUGCAGUCAUGCAAUCUGCUGCCACCGUUAACGUGAGAACCGGCGCUGUCUCUCCUGAUGACAUGACUGAUACUGUUAGAGAUUACGGCGUUACUGUAACUGAAGCUAACGUUGGCGGUACUCGUUUCGUCACCGAAAGAGUUGGCGGAGAAGUUGUUGGGCAGUUUGUUAAUCCAACAGCCCCGGGAGAUGAAUACCCGGCAACGUUAAAUCUCGAUAUUACAAUAGGAGAGGCUCUGGAAGCAACCGCUUACUCCCCCGCCGGAGACAAGCCAAUUGAUCAUAGCGACGCUGCUGCUAUUAAAGCCGCAGAGGUGAGAGCUCUCCGCAGUAACCAGACACCUGCCGGUGGAAUAGGUGCACAAGCAGAGUCGGCUGCUGAUAUGAAUGAGAGGAUUAUGAGCGACGAAAACAAAACCACUCUGUCUGAUGUUCUGGCUGACGCAACUGCUCAGUUACCAGUGGAUAGAGCGGUGACGCGGGAAGAUGCUGAAGGCGUUAUUAGUGCGGAGAUAAGGAAUAAGCUUGAUAUGACGACUACUCCUGGUGGAGUUGCCGCGUCUAUGGCGGCCGCUGCGAGACUUAAUCAGAAUCCAUAAUGUGGUUGCCGCUGUCCAUGUGAUGAUAAAUAAACCAAACAAUGGACUGUUUUUUGUUUUUGUUUUGGUAGCAAUAGCUGUAAGAAACCGAUGAGAAGCAUCUGUCUGAUAAGAUGAAAUGCUUCCAAAUUGGGACUUUUUGGUUUGCUCCUGUUUUUUUUGUAAUGUAUAUGAUCUGUAAAUUCUCUCUUAUGUCUGUAUACAGAGUUUGCUUUUUCCAUCA